AUGCCUAGGUAUAUGCAGGCUGUUCGUGAUGCACAGAAUGUCAUUGCGAGGCUUUUCAUCGUGCCGGUCCUCCGCCACAUCAUCGAUCCGCACAAUAAGCGGCAAGACCGAGUCUCCAUGACCCCGCCUGCAUGCAUGUGCAUGUGGGCGAUCAUGCAAUCCGAAACCGUCAAGUCGGCAGCUUCGCAUCAUAAAACUAUCCCAUUCGAGAAUCGCAGGGUGCCGGCCUCCGAUAGGUACAUCAUCGCAUUUACCACCGGGUGGAAGCGAUUUGGGAACACGUUCGAGGCAAUCACGUCGUGA